ACUCAAAAAUCAUUUUCAAUAACAACCCCCACAAUUCUCUCUCUCACACACAAUUCUCUUUCACACAAAUUCUCUCUCAGUCUGAGUCAUCAAUGGCGGCAGCAUCCUCAGCUCGUGAAGACAAUGUCUACAUGGCAAAGCUAGCCGAACAAGCCGAACGUUACGAAGAAAUGGUGGAAUUCAUGGAAAAAGUCGUCUCCUCCGUCACACCAUCAGAAGAACUCACAAUCGAAGAACGCAACCUCCUUUCCGUCGCCUACAAAAACGUCAUCGGCGCUCGUCGUGCGUCGUGGCGAAUCAUCUCGUCAAUUGAACAAAAAGAAGAGAGCAGAGGUAACGAUGGACACGUGUCAACCAUCCGUGAGUAUAGAUCUAAGAUUGAGACUGAACUGUCUUCUAUUUGUGAUGGAAUCCUGAAGCUUCUAGAUUCUAAACUGAUUGGAUCUGCUGGUAGCGGUGAUUCAAAAGUGUUUUAUUUGAAAAUGAAAGGUGAUUAUUUUAGGUAUUUGGCUGAGUUUAAAACUGGAUCUGAAAGAAAAGAAGCUGCUGAAAACACUCUUUCUGCUUACAAAUCUGCUCAGGAUAUUGCAAAUGGAGAAUUGGCUCCCACUCAUCCUAUCCGUCUUGGACUGGCACUCAACUUCUCGGUGUUUUAUUAUGAGAUCUUGAACUCCCCUGAUCGUGCUUGUAAUCUUGCAAAGCAGGCGUUUGAUGAAGCAAUUGCAGAAUUGGAUACCUUAGGAGAGGAUUCGUACAAGGACAGCACCCUGAUAAUGCAGCUUCUUCGUGACAACCUCACCUUGUGGACUUCAGACAUGCAGGACGAUAGCGCAGAGGAAAUCAAAGAAGCACCCAAGGCCGACGAGUGACAAAUUUCCCCUGGUCAAGACCUUCUUAUGCUUUGUAAUUGUUUGCUUCUCGAUUGAAAAUGCUACUUGUUGCGAGUAUCUACUCUUUAGUUGUAGGAAUUUCAUGAUUUUCUCUCUUUUAAGUAUUAUGCCGUAAUUUGACUUC